AUGAAUAAUCAAAGACCUCCACGAUUGAACCAGCUGUCUAAAGCUGCUGGGAGAAAAAGAGCGAUGAUUCGGAAAAAAAACGAAAGCAAAAACAAACGAACGCUUUUAGAUUGCGUUCGUUGGACAAAAAUCGAAGAUUUUUGUCCAACGAGCAAGCAGUUCAAUGAUAUUGAGAUCGGUAUCAAUGACUCUAAUGAGUUGCCAGACCAUAAUUCUGACAAACUUUUUCUUGCCGAUGACAUCGAUGACUCCCAAAUAACAUCAUCACAUUUAAAAAAAAGUCAGUUGGAUUUUGUACUUGAUUGUCACAAUGACCAACAAAUUUAUAAAAGUGAUCUUUUUCUAUACCAAUGGAAAUCAAUAUUAGACACUGAUCGAACGAAUAUAAUUCUGAUGGGACCUUCUUCAAAUCCUAGCAAUUUUCCACGAGAUCAAAAAGAACGCAAAUUCCCUACUUAUAUCUUUUUAGAGGAACAAAGAAACGGAGAAAAAGUUAGAAGAGAUUGGCUCGUUUGGAGUAAGGCUGUGGCAUCACUCUUUUUUUUCCCUUGCUCCCUUUUUGGAUCGCCUAAUUUAACCAGACCCGGUGUUCAAUCCAGUUUGUUGUCUUGGAAUGGAAGUAUACAUUAA